UGAAUACUGUUGAGUAUUCUAUGUUUAUUUAAUAGGUUCACUGUAACGCAUCUGUUUUGAAAUGCAAGGGCUUUUUGGCAAAAACCGACUUGAUAAUGAGGAAGGGAGGGGUUUUCCUGCUACAAAACUUUUCCUCUAGUUUUCGAUGAGCUGCAGAACGGUAAGGAGAGGAGUAGGGGGGGGGGAGACAUUCUUCUAAUACUGCAGAGCAGGCAGGGGGGAGCUUCCUGCCACUCCGAGCCUGCCGACUCUUUUUUCGGUUAACAUGACAUGUACAUGGAAGGACGAAUACUUUACGGCCGCUAACAAUCUCCUUUCCUCACAAACAUUACCGCUGUGCUCGCGGGCCUGCGCUACACGAGGGCAUCGCGCUGCUCUGUAGAAACUGCAGACCAGGACAGGAGAACUUAAAGAGAGUUUAAGGACCUGGAAUCCAAACGAAAACACUGCAAGGAAGUAUGUGGUGGGACACGAGAGGCUGGGACCGAACUUAGUACAACUCCAAACACAUCAGGGGACAAGAUGGCUCCCUGUAAAGAAGCUUCUAACCCUGAGCCCGAGAGAGAUCCUCCGUUCUUCCCACGAACCAAAAUGGAAGUAUGUGGUGGGACACGAGAGGCUGGGACCGAACUUCGUACAACUUCAAACACAUUAGGGGACAAGAGAACCAGGGCAAAAAAGUUAUGUGCACCCCUGACUAUAAUCCCUCUCAAUAAGAGAGACACCGACCAUUUCCUCUACAUCUUGGAGCUCUACGAGAGCCUGCUGAUCCUGCAGGGAGUCAAGGACCAGGAGUUGAACUACGUGCCACCACAAGAUCACAAUCUCCUUAGAUGGGUCAACCUCCACCAUAAAAACAUCAGCCCCAUCUUACUGCUUACCAUAAAGAAGCCCCACUCAUUGGGUCUGCCAAAGCAUCACAACAUGAGCAGCUGUUGCCACUGAGCACUGUGAGAGCAGCCAUACAGGUAGGUAUAAGAGGGAGAAGUCUUCGGUAUGGGAAAUUAGGUUGGUUAAGGGAAUAUAGGGAGAAGUAAAGAGGCGAGUUUGAAGUUGGUAAAAGGGAGUGUAAGAGGGGGAGAUUGUCAAGAGAACAGAGAAGCUUAAAGGACAUUAAAUGUGUGCAAAGGAAUGCUCAACCAAAGAAUAACAAACAUUCUGGUUGGUUUAGCAGUCUGUGUGCACUCAUCAUUACAAUUUCAGGUCGGAAACAAUAGUGUACACACAAUAUCAUAUGCCGUACCUGAUGAAAUCAAGUCAUUUACAGCAUGUCAUGUCAAAAAACAAAACCCAGGACAUUUUAUAAUUUAAUGAAUUAUACAUUGAAGGUAACAUAUGAAUUGUUUGACUGCGCGGCAGUGCGCGCGCGCACAGAGUCCUGCAAAUGGUUUUAACACCAUCCCAUUUAUGUUGGGUCAAACGCAACAAUGGGCCAAUAAAGGCAGAGAAGAAGACUGCAAGCUAAUUAACAUGGAUAUAAACAAUGCAGAAUUUAAAAUAUUGAAAAGGAGCAAGCUUUGCAGAUGUUUGAUUUUGAAGGUACUCUUUUUACAUUUUUGGUAGGCCCAAAUAUUGAGGAUUAUAAGCAAACAUUGUUUAUAUUCAACAAAACUCCAGCAGAUUCUAUUAAUAAUCAAGGUUUUUCAAAGUGUCAGAUGUAUGCUCUGCUAUAAUUGGUUGGUGGUCAUUCUAAUGUAUAGCAUGUAGGAGUGCACAUGUGUUCUGGUGUUUUUUUCCUGUGACACCAAUGACUAAGUUAUGCUUAUUGUGGUUGGUGUAAAAUAAAAAUGACAUCUUAACACCAUACUAUUUAAUUCUCUCAUUGCCUAUUCUGAAUGACAGAGGUCCAUAUCAGAAAUAUUUUUCAUUCAAUUGAAUGCGCUAAGCAAGCAGUCUAUUCUUUUGUGCCGUUAGUUUAUCAGUGUUAACAAGUACUUAUGCCCAUUUUUUUUACCACAGUAUGACCUCUGUGAAAUACAGCGUGUAAAUAGGUCAGCUUUGGAGUAUUUGUGCCAAGAUAUUCUAGACAUGUCAGUCCCAAAACUGUUUCUGUUUGUUUCAAUAUUUUUGUGUGACGCAACAUACAAGUUUAUCGCCCCAGAAUAUAAUACUGCUCCAAAAACAUUCUGGAUUUACCGAGUACAUUCAACAGAGGAAUUUACUUCACAUAAUAAAAAGCAAACACAUGGCAAUGACAAUUCAGUGAGUCACUGCUUUCCUCAUAACGGCAUCAUCUGUCAUGCCAUUUGUUCCUUUCUCAGCUCUAUUUAAUAUUUGUUGUGUUUCUUUCUUUCUUUUUUGCUCUAUCCACCUGUUGUGGACCCCACCCUAUCUGUCCGUCCUGUUGCUGGCUGUGAAGAGGAUGUUUCGGAAAAAAGCAUCUUCCUCCUUGAGAAUGAGAAGAAUAACAGAAAGCGCUAGAUGGAGUAUUGACCGUGGGCGAAGCGUGUCCUUCCAUGAGGUUCGUAGCAAGCGUGAGGCAGAGAUGAGGGCUGCCGCUGAGGAGUCGUCCAUCAGCAACAAUGUAGGAGGGGGAGGAAACACCGUCCUGCAGCGCCUCCUGCAGGAGCAGAUGAACCGGAAUUAUGUGCUGCAUCAACAUCAGCAGCAACAACAACAAGGAGGGGGAGGAGGAGGAGGUUAUGCGGUACCUGAUGAUCACUCCAUGACCCCCCACAUUGCCCGACAGGAGCCCCAGGGACAGGAGCUGCAGACGGACAACGGCCUCGAGAAGCUGGGCUCCAACAGAGGAGGAGGUGGGAGCAGUGGAGGGGGAGGAUGUUUGGGGACUGUAGGUGGAGGAGGAGGCAGCAGUGGAUGUGUUGGAAGUGUCCAUGGGCAGUGUCCAAACCCUGAGGACCUCCCUACGUAUGAAGAAGCCAAAGUGCAGUCGCAAUACUUCCGUGGCCAUGGUCCUCCUUCUCAUCAGCAAAACAACCAGCUCCAGCAGCCCCCUCUCUCGGCCUCGGUGGGUACUGCCUUCUACGUCACUGGGGUGACCAGCACCAAAGUUCGCACUGAGGGUCGGCCCACAGUUCAGCGGGUGAGUGGAACAGGGAGGGUGCACCAGGACGAUGGGCUGAAGGAUCUAAAGCAAGGACACGUUCGGUCUCUCAGCGAACGACUAAUGCAGCUCUCCCUGGCCACUAGCGGUGUGAAGGCCCAUGCUCCUGUCACUAGUGCCCCACUCUCUCCACAGCUGCCCCCGCCAGGGCCACCGGGGGACUAUUACAAGCCGCAGCAUCGCGGCCCACCUCCAGACUACCCCUUCAGAGGAAUUGGCUCUCCUAGCAAGCAGCAGGAGCCUGGAGGAAAUUUUUAUCAGGAGCAGAGAGGCAGGGAGCAAUCAAGGGAGGUGCUCCAAGUCCGAUACCAGCCUCCGCCUGAGUACGGCUCAUUCAGGUCCAGUAAGGAGGGUUCAGUUCAUUUCCAGAGGCCCCAUCAUCAGCACAGUCCCACCUCCUCUGUCACCUCUGUGGGAUCCUUGUCCCGUACUCAGUCCUCCACCCUUACCAGCAUGCUCAGUGCCUCCCACUCAUCCCAUCCGUCCUUCCCUUACCAGCACCCCCAGAGCCAGGGAGAGCCCUUCCCUAGCCCUGGGCCCCGCAGUCCACAGGGUCCGAGCUCCCACCAAGCAGGUGAGCCCUUUACCAUGGGUUCCAUUCAUCAAACACCAAGAAGUCAUGGUUUCCCUCAUGACCCGUACGGCUCCACUCCCAGGAUGUACCAUCAGCAGCAGCAGCAGCAGCAGCAGCAGCAGCAGCAGCAGCAGCAGUUCCAAGGACCUCCACCUCCUCACCUCCAGCUGCCAGUCCAGACCGCACAUUUCCCCCAACCACAAUCCUACUCUCAACUGCAGGGGGAGCCUUUUGCUAUGAUGGUGCGAGCCCACCAGAUGGUGGAUGUGCUUACGGAGGACAACAGAAUGCUGAGGCAGGAGAUGGAGUCCUGCCGUGAGAAAGUGACAAAGUUGCACAAGUUGGAAACGGAGAUCCAGCUGGUGUCAGAGGCAUAUGAAAACCUUGCUAAGUCUUCCUCAAAGAGGGAGGCCCUGGAAAAAACCAUGAGGAACAAGCUGGAGCUGGAGGUCCGGCGGCUGCACGACUUCAACAGGGACCUCCGAGAGCGCAUGGAGACGGCCAAUAAGCAGCUUGCUGCUAAAGAGUGCGAUGGCUCAGAGGACAACCGCAAAACCAUAUCCCAACUGCUUGCACAGAAUAAGGAGACGCUCCAUGAGAAGGAGAAGCUGGAGAUGGAGUUGAACGCAUUGCGCUCCACCACGGACGACCAAAGGAGACACAUUGAGAUCAGAGACCAGGCGCUCAACAACGCACAGGCCAAAGUGGUCAAGCUGGAGGAGGAGCUAAAGAAGAAGCAGGUUUAUGUUGAGAAGGUGGAGAGGAUGCAGCAGGCUUUGGCUCAGCUCCAGGCAGCCUGUGAGAAAAGAGAACAACUCGAGCAUCGACUUCGAACGAGACUGGAGCGAGAGCUGGAGUCGCUACGCAUGCAGCAGCGUCAGGGAGCCACUCAAAGCAGUGGAGCAGUAUCAUCAGAGUACAACGCCACAGCGCUGAUGGAGCACCUGAGGGAGAAGGAAGAGCGCAUCCUAGCUCUGGAGGCCGACAUGACCAAAUGGGAGCAGAAGUACUUAGAGGAGAGCGUGAUGAGGCAGUUUGCCCUUGAUGCUGCUGCUUCUGUGGCCACUCAGAGGGACACAGCUGUAUCAGUGAUCGGCCAUUCUCCCAGCAGCAGCUAUGACACGUCAGUAGAGGCUCGAAUCCAGAAGGAAGAAGAAGAGAUUCUGAUGGCCAAUCGCCGCUGUUUGGAUAUGGAAAGCAGGAUAAAGAAUCUUCAUGCCCAGAUCAUAGAGAAAGAUGCUAUGAUCAAGGUGCUUCACCAGCGUUCCAAGAAGGAGCCAAUCAAGUCAGAUGCGCAAUCUGCUAUGAGGCCCUCCAAGUCCCUGAUGUCCAUUUCGAACACUGGCUCUGGUGGUUCAGGACUGCUCUCUCACAGCCUCGGCCUCAGUAGCUCGCCGAUCACUGAAGAACGCAAGGACACCAGCUGGAAGGGCAGCCUAGGGGUUUUGCUUGGUUCUGAGUUUCGGACAGAGUCCAUCAGGACUGAGUCAAUCUCUUCAUCCCCUUCACCAGUGCUUCCUUCCACCCAAAUGAAUGCAGGCCAUUCGAAGACAGGCAGCAGGGACAGCUGCACACAGACAGACAAAGGACAAAGUCAGGACAAUAGCAAACCCAGCACGCCUGCCGUGCAGAGCAUGACUCUGCCUGCUCGUCUGUCCAGCCCAACCCCAGUCUACAUCCCCGACCGCCUGGCAGAUGUGCCAGUGUUUCACAGCAGCAUCCUCGAGAGACGGUUCGCCAUUCAGUCUCACCAACAGCAACUGGCUCUCCCUACAGCACCGCCGAUCCAACAGGAAGUGGACAACGACAUGGUGGAGAUCCUCAUAUGACCCCAUGACAUCUGGAAAAAAUCAUCAUCCACAAUGAUUGAUUGGUGGACAGGUCCAUCAGACAAACUCAGCAACAUGUUAAUCAUUCCGGCUCUUCCUCCAACCUGCAGGUUUGACUGCAAUGGGGGCUACAAUGCUACUUGUCAAUUGUCAAGUACCAGAGCACAUCUAUGACACAUGUAAUGUGUGCACGCGUACAGUUGUGACUCGUUUUGUAGGUUAUGUUAACACUUUCAAGGUACACUUUCCAGCAAGUAUCAGCAAGCAGGACAGUCAGUAAAGCAGUCAGCACUGAUCUAUGAAGACGUGGGGGAUUCUCACAUUACCUGUCUGAAAAGAUGCUUCAGUUAAUGAGCCCCUGCAGCAUCUGAAGGUGGCAGGUCCUGUAUGUUGAUGUACAUUCACUGUAUUUAACUUACAAUGUAAAAUUGGGGAAAAAAAGAUAGCAUGACAACACAGAGCUCUACACACAUCAACCUGCCCAGCCAUUACUCCUUAUUCUGCUUCUUUUUUUUUUUUUUAAGAUGUCUCGUUACCAUUGCGCACCAUAGCCGUUCAUCUUUCUCAUGUUUUAUCACUGAAACACAUGCAACAGGGGUUGUUCAACAGUAAUUACUAAACUACCUGUCCAUGAGAGGUACGAUGCAUUACAAUUAAUUCAAAAUAUAGUGCCAGUCCAAUAUAAUCAUAGAAACAGUUUCAACAUACCAGCUUCCUUAUUUCUUAUUUAUAUCAGUAUUAUUGUUACCACCUGAUUGAAAAUCCUCCUCCACCAGUCUCUGUGAGCAGAUUUGUGGAGAUGUUCUCAACUUGCCACACGGAACCAUCUCCAUUAUCUGCUGUUGUUAUCAACUUUAACUGUGAUUGUCUCAACUAAUAAUAAUCAAGCUAAUAAUCUCCACAUCUGCCGAUCUAAAUGAAGUUUUACCAUAUUGGCACCCUUGAGUCAUGACUCAACCCCAAAAAGAGGGUUGAGGGCCUAUCACUAAGAGUCAUUUCACUCCUAUUUUUAUAUCUUCGUUCAUUCAAACCCUUCCAGCCUGACUGGAUUUACUUUCUUUCAUUGAAACACUGUUUCUUUCAUUGAAACACUGUUAAUGAUCAUAUUAGUAAAACCUAGCAAAGGCAGAAGCGUUACACUCCAUGCCAUCUUAUCUCAGCGUGUGCAGCUUUUCUAAUUGCAUGUGUUAACCCUGUAAGGCCCCCGGUUGUAAUUUUGCAACAUUACUUUAAGCUAUUUAAAUAUUUACAAGUCAGUAAAUGUUUUGUUUUUUAAAGACUACAUUUACAUAGUCAAAAGGUCCUUUUGUUCAGCCUCACAAUGCUAUUGGGUAUUACAUGUGUUUAUAGGUCUUGCCCUCUGGCCAUACACUCACAAAACUUCUGAUUCUUAAAACGAGCAACAUCUCUUUGUUUUAUUGGACUGGAUUUGUCAGAUUCAAGUAAGUAAAAUGCCUCAAAUAUUGUUUUCUAUGUUUGGGCUUUACAGUUUUAAUAUGAAGUGGUGCCUGGAACCUAAAGAUGGCAGAGUUCAUUGCCUCAAAUAUAUUUUUUGUAUGCAACUUUAUAAGAUGCAUUUACCGCGUUCUCGUUCAAAGUGAAGGAUUUGACUUUGGGGACUGAUGUUUGGGGGUUAAAUGGCAGUUUAAAAAUAAAUAUUCAGUCUUGAUCUGCUUUUAUAAAAGUUAAGACAGUUAACUUGAAUGAGAAUUAAAUAAAUGAAAAGGAGUGGUUGAAAACUUCCUGUUAAGAUGUAACAAAGAGAGCAUGCACUUACACAAAUGUAUUUUGAAUUGUUACAUUUAAGGUGAAGGAUAUCUGUAUUUGUUACUGUUGCAUAACUGGGUGACUAAUGCUUUGUUUGAAUGCACUACUUUUUGAUGUUGCGGUGGGUUUCGGCUGCAAAAGUAAUUAGUGGCAUUUCAGCACAUUAUUGAACUAAGAGAAGUUAAGCAUGUGCAUUUGUUUCCUUUACAACAUGCAAGCAAAUGUUUAACGAUGAACAAAACUGGUUUCAACAAGCGUCUCCGCUGUGAGGGGUGGGGGUCACAGUAUCUGUGAACUCCCAGGCCAGUUGCAGAAGCCAAAUGUAUUGGCCACCUUUUUGUUACAUUUAUUGCAAUACUUGUUGUUUAAGAGUAUUGCUAUAUUACUAUAAUACAUCUGACAUUACAUAAUGUAUUUAUGUGUUUUAUUAUUUCAAACUUUAAUUACUCAUGGAACUUGAAUAAUAACAAUUAAUCUAAACUAUAAACUAUUCUUAACUAUUUACUUUGUGUGUAUAUAUAUAUAUAUAUACAUAUAUAUACACGCACGUCUUCUAUGCAUUCGCUUUGUGCUGGAAGCCUCUGGCAGCAAAUAUGACUUGAUUUAUUUUAUUUUUUCAUUUGAAAAUACACUUUAAUGAACCUCGCAAUUGUAAGUUUGUGUGAUAUUUUAAAAACACUUUAACGAGUCCCCAUGUACAGAUAGAGCUACAUCUAAUAGGCUUUGCCUGGCUCUGUUUUUGUCAACCAAUACCAUACUUUCACAUUUUGAAAACUUCCCACUGUAUGGCUCUGUUGCUUCAACCUGUUGCAGGUUGAAACUGAAAUACAACAAAACUUUUGCUUUAAACUCGAGCUAAGUACAAAUGAUAUGCCGAAUCAAAUGUGUUUUUGAUACAUGUGGUUGAAAAUCACAUUUCCAGCAUGGUUACCUCAAUUAAAUUGAAGAUUUUCAUUGUAAACCAAAAGUGUUGGACCAAAGAAGCUCAGAAAGGUCAGCUAACUGAUGUAGUGUAGUGUCCAGUAGUGGCUCAGUCAGUAGGGGCUUAGACUGUGAGCUGUAGGGUUGCCGGUUCAAGUCCCCGAACAGACCUACAUAUGGAGUGUGGACUUGUACUUGGAGAGGUCCCAGUUCACCUCCUGGGCCCUGCCGUGGUGCCCUUGAGCAAGACACCAGACAGCCCCCCCCCAUUGCACCCCAGGCGCUGUACAAUAGCUGACCACUGCUCCUAUUACUAGCAUGCGUUAAAUGCAGAGAACACUGUGUGCUCGCAUGUGUGAUUAAAGAGGGUUUCGGUUUCAAUUGCAGAGGUCAUUAGAUUGACAUCACUAAAGGACUGUGUUAUAUCAGAAGAACUAAAUAAGUAUUUGAUGUACAUGACUUUUAUUGAUUAGGAUUUAGACAACUACUCAACUUCAUCCAAUAUAAAUGGUGUAAUAUUUAAUCCUAUACAGCAGCGGUUCCCAUCCUGUGGGCCCCUAGUGGUCCGUGAAGGCAUUGCAAGUGGGCCGCCAAAUAAUGUUUUUUUUUUUUUGUACAGGCUAAAGACACACACAUGGACAUAACAAUAACAUAAUAGGAGAUGAAAUUCUCAUCUCAGACAAAAACAGAAGAAAUAAAGAUACAGUCAGUAGGAUCACUUCAACAUUUCACAAACAAAAAUAGGUUGACAACCGAAUACCACCAGAAAUACAACAUGGCAAGCAUAUUGUUCCUUUAAUUCCACUCUUCGUUAGAGCUAACUAUUUCCCAUUUCAUGGCGUGUUGAGCCACCCUUUGAUUUUUUUUGGCAAUCAUUUUUUCCAAAAUAAAUUGUAUGUUUGAUCUACUCUUCAAACACCUUAAAUUAAGAUAACUCCUUGAUUGACUUUUAAAAAUAUGUAUUUAAGCCAGGAGAAUAGUUGUAUUUAUUAACUGUGUGCAGUCUUCAUCUAAAAGCCCACAUAAAAUAUUAAAGGGUGUAAUGUAAAUUCAAUAUUUGCCGCCAAAUCAUUUGCAAAACAUUAUGAUUUGUGUGGAAACAUUUUCAUUAUUAAGAUUUUAUUUUAACCUCUUUUCCUUUCUCUUUCUUGAUCCUCCUUAGCAACGGUCAUUACAGUCCUUGACAGUGGUCUGUUCUACUGGAUUUACGUGUCCAAUGUUCUGAAUUGACCAAUCAGAACUUUAUUUAGUCUCCGUAUUGUUUAUGGUUGAAUGUGGGCCGCAAACAUGUUUUUUGAUUCUUAAGUGGGCCCCGAGUUGAAAAAGGUUGGGAACCGCUGCUCUACUGAAUUAUACAAUCCUUGUAUAUUUGAAAUCAUUAAAAAUUGGAGUUUCUUUGCUUUGAUUUUGACACAGAGCAUGCAGCACUAUAUGUAUUUUACUGAAACAAGCUGCCAACAUAUUUUGGUUCACAGUUGUCCUGUCCAAUACCAUAUAAGUAUCGAUGUGUCCCUAAAAGAAAGUUCCAGGUUAGUAAGAAAUUGUCAAAGCCAGACAUGUAUUUGAAAAGCAAAAUACCAGCAUUUAAACGUGAUUAAUUGUUGCCAACACAAGCACAUUAUUAUGUGUCUAUGCUGGUUUUGUUAAAUGUAUUCAGUACCUAUUAAUUUUCAUAUGCCUUGGUAGGCUUGAAGACAUUGGACCCUGUAUGUGUAAGUGAUCUUUCAUCUGAACCUGGUGUGUUUCUCGUGGUAGACUGAUUUCAUAGAAGAGUCUCUUUUAACUUGAGGAGGAGCCUUUCACAUAAUAACUUUUUGAGACAAAGUUUAUUUCUUGAUUUCUUAAGUUGGAAUGGUAUGGAAGUUGAGUCUUAUUUGUUUUUACCAGGUGUUGUCAUAAAAUGUUUUUGUACUAGCACUUCAGUCUUAGUCGAACUUGCUGAAAAUAUAAAUUGACAGUUCCCAAUGUUUCCCAGCUGGUUCGAUGUGUUUCCUUGAUGGCAAACAGCUCUUGCCUCCCAGUGCGGAGGACCAGGGUUUGAAUCUGGGCCUGGGACCAUUUGAGUGUCAUCUCCUCUAUCCUCCCCUUUCAACUGUGUCCCUUCAAUAAAGGCACUGGUUGCCCGAAAAAAUCUUUAAGAAAAAGAAAAUCUAUUUACAGGCUGUUCAUACACAUACUACUUGAUUGUGUUGUUUCUGUACAAUCACAGUUCAUGUAAAAGCAAUGUUUAAAUCUGUUCUUUUACAACAUUUAUCUUAUACCGUUUCUUGUAUUAUGGUAUGAAGUCAUUUAGUUUUUUUCUGUAUACUUUUUCUGACAUCCUUCCUUUUAAAUGUUUUUCCCAAGUAAGUAAAACAUUGCGUCCCUCUGACUGGUGCAAUAUCUUCCUCAAAGGCCCUUUAGGUCAAAGCAGUUCACACCUGACGUCCUGUUAGCUAACAUAUUGUACAUACAUGUGAACUAUAGUUCAAUGUAUUACAUAUGUAUCCUUGUUCGCUCUAGUACUACAGUACAUGUGUAUUUGUGUGUAAGUGUGUUGGUCUGUUCUUGUUGAGAACCCAGUGGUCGGAGCAAGGCUGAGAUUACCCAUCUUGGAUAAGAACUAUGAACUUGUCCUUGGUUUGCAGCAAUCAAUAAUGAACAUGAACCCUGAUGCACGUUCAGCAUGGAAGAUAAACGACAAAAAGUUGUGUUAGUCUGAGCAAUGAUUAUUUGGGAUAUUGAGUGUUUCAAAAAUAACGAGUACAUUGUUCUUCCAAGAAGUUAUAUUGUAAAUUCACCACACAUGUGGAAAGCAUAGAAGGAAUAUGUUUCUGGCAUUUCUCCAUCCGUAACUCCCAAUAAAUCAUCAGUGUCUGAGAUCAGUC